AUGGAAGAACAGACUUCUACGCAGGGCAUUUCUGCCGAGCACGCUUCAAGCGACAACGUCAAGGAGUCCAUCGAGGAGAUAUGGUAUCUCAAGGAGAUCUCUUACAAGCCCGACGUGGACGGCCCGCCCCGACGGUACAAGAUCAUAACACAGAACUUCAACGGUCCCUGUUCUUUUAUUGCGAUUUGCAACAUCCUUAUCCUGCGGGAGCAGAUACAGAUCCUUCCGUUCGAGCGCACCACCGUCUCAUACGACUACCUUGCCCGUUUGGUAGCAGAAUACCUCCUGACAGAAUGCCCCGACGUCGACACGUCAGCUGCCCUCAACAUCAUGCCAGCGACACGCAAGGGCAUGGAUCUCAACCCCCUAUUCACAGGCUCAACUUUGUUCAGACCGCAGGGAUCUGGUGGCGAGCUCAAGCUAUUCGAACAGGCGGGCAUCAAGCUCGUGCACGGCUGGCUCGUGGACCCAUCCAGCUCGGAACAUGCCGUGCUCUCGCGCACCAAGGACUACGACUCCUCCGUCAACCUGCUGGUAGAGGCAGACUACGCUACGAAGGGCCACUUGGUCAUCUCUGAAGAGCCUGGACCGUCGUCAUCACAGGAAGCCGGCCCGUCGCGUCACGAUUCUGCUUAUACCCUCACGCCAGAACAGCAGCGCAAGGUGGAGGACGCACUCGCAAUCCGCAGCUUCAUCGAGAGCUCGCCCUCGCAGCUGACGUACUACGGGCUCUUCACGCUCGCGGCAGAGCUUGAACCUGGCGCGCUCGUAGCGCUCUUCCGCAGCUCGCACCUCUCCGUGCUGUACAAGGCUCCCGGCGCGGAUGGUGCGCUGUACACGCUCGUAACAGACCAGGUAUUCUUGCACGAGAGCUCAGUCGUGUGGGAGCGCCUCGAGGACAUUGACGGCGGGUCGUCGACCUUCGUCGACUCGGACUUCGUGCGCGCGAGCCCGGCGGGCGGCGACUUCGCGGGACAUACGGCCGAGAGCGCCCUGGCCGCGCUCGAACAGCAGACAAGGGGGCUGACGCUGGCCGAGAGCGCAGAUGAGCACCUCGCGCGACAGCUACAGGCCGAGGAGGACGAACGCGCUCGGGAAGCGUAUGAGAGACGUAACCGCCUACAAGUACAAGAGGAGAAGGAGCGCGAAGAGCGCGAGCGUGCGCACGCUGCCCGCCAGCGCGCGAUCGACACGGCAGUCCGUCCCAAGAAGAAGACGGACUGUGUCAUUAUGUGAUGGGUGCCCAUUUUCUCGCUAUACUGUACAAUCAUUAUAUCCUGCCCUUGGCCUACUUGGCCACCUUCUUGCAUCGGAUCUUGUGGUGGGGCCAGUCUCCCCUCUGACAGGCCGCCGCGCAGUACUUCGCGGUCUUGCAUGCGCCGCACGUGAGCAGCGUGGCUUGCCCUGCCGGCGCGCGACCGCAGAACAGACAGAUCGU